AUGCCUGCAGGAAAACAGAAAAGUCGGAUAUGGAUAGUAAUAGUUGUAGCUAUUGUUGUCCCUUUGCUGAUAUCUGGUUUCAUCUGCUACAUUUUAGUGAGAAGACGCAAACUACAAGACCCUGAAAGAAAGAAACUACUGGAUUGGCAUAAACGUUUUGAAAUUAUUGAAGGAAUUGCUCAAGGGUUGCUUUAUCUUCACAAAUACUCAAGAAUGAGGGUGAUACAUAGAGAUCUAAAAGCCAGCAAUGUGCUCUUGGAUGAAAGCAUGAAUCCUAAGAUAGCUGAUUUUGGUCUGGCAAGAAUUUUCAAGCAGACCGAGACGGAGGCAGUGACUGAGAGGGUUGUAGGAACAUAUGGUUACAUGGCUCCCGAGUUCGCCAUGGAAGGAGCUUUCUCAAUCAAGUCUGACGUCUUCAGCUUUGGAGUCUUAAUGCUGGAAAUUGUGAGUGGGAGGAGAACUACUAGCUUACAACAAUUCGAUCGUCCACUCAACUUAAUAGGUGCAACAGAUAGGCCAACAAUGUCCGAUGUUAUCUCAAUGCUCGGUAAUGAAAGUAUGCCACUGGCCACGCCAAAACAACCAGCAUUUUUCACAGGAAGAAAAGAAGCUGAAUCAAAUUCAUCUGGUAUCAAAGCAGAACAAUGUUCAGUUAAUGAUUGUUCCAUCACUGUCAUUGAAGCAAGAUAA